AUGAACUUCAUUGGGGCUAAUCGGGAACUUAAAGAAUUCGCUCAAAGUUUACCUAUGUUAGAAAAGAAUAGCUUAAUUAAAAACUACUGUAUGCAAAAUAAAAUAGAAUGGCAAUUUAUUCUCUCAAGAUCCCCUCACCAAGGUGGGCUUUGUGAGUCAACAGUAAAGUCGGCAAAACGAUUAAUUCAACGGGUAAUAGGGAGUAAAAAUCUUACAUUCGAACAAACAUCAACAAUUUUUUGUCAAGUUGAAGCCGUGUUAAUUUCUAGACCACUAACUCCUCUGUCCCUCAGUCAAAAUGACCUGCAAAUUUUGACACCCGGCUACUUCCUCAUUGGAGCAUCACCGAAUGCCGUGCCGCAACAAAAAAUUUUUUGUGUUCCAACCAAUAUACUUAAUAAAUAUCAUAUGCUGCAACAGAUGGUGCAACAUUUCUGGCAGCGAUGGUCUCUUGAAUACUUGACGACUCUGCAACAGCGCAACAAAUGGCAUGACACCCCAACUAUCAACGUUGGAGACAUGGUUGUGCUUAAGGAGGAUAAUACCCACUCAUGUGAAAAUUAG